GCAAAAAAAAAAAAAACAGCAACGUGACAAGCAGCCACUGUGGUGCGAGAGCGGCGGCGCGAGGUGAGCCCGAAAGACAUGACUGGACCCCAAAACACGGCGCGGGCUGACAGGCGGAUGAAAUAUCAGAAAUAGUCCUGUUAAAAGAAAAAAAAACCCGCGUUUGGAUGAUGGCGUUCGCGGCCGUGCGCCUGUGACAUGUCCGUGACGCAGACGUCCAGAGCCGCUCCUCUGGGUCUUGGAUGGUGACGGCGCCCGGAGACCGAGCAGGACUAUACGCCGCGUCUCCUCGCCGCCUUUUGGCUUUUGGUUGGCUUUUUUUUUGGGGCGGGGGGGGACCUGGAGCUUCUUGGAACUUUUUGCCUGACUGCACGGCUCUCUGCCGCCCACCUCUCUUCCCCACAAAACGCUCCUUACACGCCGCCCCCCACCCCCUCGCCAAGACGUUGUUCCGCGUAGACCCGGGUCGUCCCAGUCCGAGCAGCGCAGUCCGUGUGGGAAGGUCGGCUCUCUGCGCCCUGCAGGCCGGAGACAUGAUGGUCCACUGCGCCGGGUGCGAACGGCCCAUCCUGGACCGGUUCCUCCUCAACGUGCUGGACCGAGCGUGGCACGCAAAGUGCGUCCAGUGCUGCGAGUGCAACUGCAACCUCACCGAGAAGUGCUUCUCCAGGGACGGGAAGCUCUAUUGCAAAAUGGACUUUUUCAGGCGGUUUGGCACGAAGUGCGCGGGCUGUCUGCAGGGAAUCUCGCCGAACGACUUGGUGCGCAAAGCGCGCAGCAAGGUGUUCCACCUGAACUGCUUCACCUGCAUGGUGUGCAACAAGCAGCUGUCCACGGGAGAGGAGCUCUACGUCAUCGACGAAAACAAGUUCGUGUGCAAAGAAGAUUACUCGACCUCCGGGGCUAUUAAGGAGGUCAACUUGAACUCAGUGUCGUCGUGUACAGAUAGGAGUUUAUCGCCGGAUCUGCAGGACCCAAUACAGGACGACAUAAAAGAGACGGAACAUUCCCGCGUCUCUCGGACAAGGAAACAAACAAAUUUUGCGAAGCUGGAGGCGAUAUUGGGGCCCAAGGGGGGGGGGCGCGGGACCACCUUAAGGCCCAAGAAAGUGGAAGCGUUAAAGGCCGCUUGGGGGCCCCCCCGCGAAGCCCCCCCGGCACUCCCGGGAGAAAUUGGCCCAGGAAAGCGGACUAAACAUGCGGUUCAUCCAGCCCCCCCCCCAGAAUACCAGGGUGACUACUACGGACCGGGGAGCAACUACGACUUCUUCCCGCACGGCCCCCCCUCCUCGCAGGCUCAGUCCCCCGCCGAGUCCCCUUACAUCCUGGGCUCCGGCCCCGCCGGGGCCAUGGAGGGCUCGGGCCACCACCCGUCAGACGACCAAAGGUUCACGGACAUGAUCUCCCACGCGGAAACCCCCAGCCCGGAGCCGGGCCUGCCGGGCUCCCUGCAGCCCGUCCCCGGGGAGGUUUACGGGGGGGGGCCCAGUCCUCCCUUCUCGCUGGCGAGUAACUCCAGCUACAGCGCUCCGAUGUCCCACCAAGGCCCGGAGAUGGGGGAGACCACGGCCUGGUGAGGGGAGGCGUGCCACCGGGGGACCAGGGGGGGGGGAUGAAUGAACCCUUCAUUCAGGAGACGAGUCGAGAACACGCGCACGCACACACGCACACACGUGGCGGAGUGAAACGCCGCAGAUGACGUUUUCAUGGAGGACUUCAGAAGAAAAAAGAAUCCGGGAGUGAUUCUCCGGCGGAUGGACGGGCCGCUGAGGAGAACCCGAUCAGGAUCACCGGACCGGAGUCUCCUCUGGUCACCUCCAUCUCUCACAGCUUUCCUUUGUCGUGUGUUUGCGUUGUUCUGUUGUUGCCGCUCGGCCCUCAAUGCGAAUAUUAAGACAAAGGAGCGGGUUUUAACGUUCACGUCCACCGUGGUCCAUCAGGACACGUUACUCUCCUCUGUAAGACAAUGAGGCAAACGCACACACACACACACACACACAUCUCAGCUUUAAGUCCCUUAAUGCACAAGAAGCGUUCCUUAUCAGAGCUCAAAAGAAGGAUGUCUAUACCAUUAUUCAAAACACGGACACAAUUACAGUCACUUGUACUCACUCAAGCACGCACCCACACACACACACACG